UUUCUGAUACACAUCAACAAUCAGGGACACACAGACACAGAUCAGAGGCGUUUAUAAAAAAAAUGGUCACAUUUCUCAGGCACCUGAAAACGUGCUGCUUAUUUUAGGACGCGUGCUGCUCAUUGAUGUGUGUGAGGAAGAGGAGGAGAGGGGGAGUGUUUAAACUACUUCCACUCUGAUGAUGAUGGUUUACUGGAAACACACUGAUAUCCCAGCCUGUGGCAUCAGAGAGGUGUAGCCUUACAGACGGAGCUCUGCAUCUGAAUCGAUCAGGAGAACUCAUCAUCUUUAUUUCCUGAUUUAUUUAUUUAUUUUCAUCGAUCACCAUUUUCCUCCCUCACUCUCAGCGCGUGAGCUCCUUCUUUGGGAUGCGCUCCUCUUCAUGUGUUUGCAGUUCGUGAGGAGUUCACUUGUUUCCAGCGGAGUCCUGAGAGACAAACAGCAGCUCUGAGAAAAGCCUCCAGCAGGAAGAACACGAGGAACAUGGAGAACAGUCCUGGUGGUGGUGUCAUCCUGUACGCCGGUUCAUCCGGCAGCGCCAGUCCAAGUCCCGGCAGCCCAUCCAGUGGAUACCAGACCCAGUCGCCGUCCUCCCACUCGCAGCCCUCGUCCCCAGAGGGCCCCUCCUUUCAGGAGAUCGGGGUCCUGAAGCAGAGAAGGGAACGUGGAGGAGGAACCGCCUCCCCAAAAAUGGUCUUUCAGUUUCCUGAGGUGAGCAGUGCUCCAGUCGCCCAAAUUACGACGGUUUCAUCGGCGACCUAUGGUCAUCCCACCGCAGCCAAAAGGCCUUGUGGUUUCACCGGCACCUUCACCAAGACCGGAGGUAUGGUGCUUUUAUGUAAGGUGUGCGGCGACGUCGCAUCUGGUUUCCAUUACGGCGUGCACGCCUGCGAGGGCUGCAAGGGGUUCUUCAGACGCAGCAUUCAGCAGAAUAUCCACUACAAAAUGUGUGUCAAGAACGAACACUGUCUCAUCAUGCGCAUGAACCGCAACCGGUGCCAGCAUUGCCGCUUUAAGAAGUGCCUCUCCGUGGGCAUGUCCAGAGAUGCUGUGCGUUUUGGGCGUAUUCCAAAGCGGGAGAAGCAGAGACUUCUGGACGAGAUGCAGAACUACAUGAACAGUCUGAGUCAGUCUGCGUCCAUGGAGAUGGAGGUGUCCUCACCCCCCGACACCCCCUGCAGUCCUCAGAACCGGGCGAGCGACGGAGCCAUCCUGCAGCCCUACGGCAGCGACGAGAAGCCGCUCAAGAUGGCCGCCGUCGGCCGCUGCCUCACUCCUUCUUUUCCGGGCGCAGAGUCGCAGGAAGCGUCGGUGUCCCAGACGUCGAGCUACCACGUCUCCGCGAACUUCCCCGCUGUGUCCAGCAACGACGACAGCUCCUCGGACACGAGCACGGACAAGUUCACCUUCUCCUCCAAACCCAGCCAGUGCCCCGUCACCGGAAACGUUUCGUCGCCGACGUUUUCAGCCGUUCAGAAUAACGUCCCGAGCAGAGACUUCCAGAACCAAACGUCCUGCCCCUGGAAGCUCAGUGGAGGCGCCAAAGUUCUAGCUUGCCCUCUCAAUUCGUGUCCUGUGGCUCCAGCCAGCCGCUCCAGCCAGGAGGUGUGGGAGUCUUUCUCCCAGUGCUUCACCCCCGUUGUUAAAGAGGUGGUGGAGUUUGCCAAGAGCAUUCCGGGCUUCCAAACCCUGAGCCAGCACGACCAGGUCAUGCUGCUGAAAUCCGGCACCUUCCAGGUUCUCAUGGUGAGGUUCUGCUCGCUGUUCGAGCCCAAGGAGAGGACGGUAACCUUCCUCAACGGACAGACGUACUCGCUGCCGUCGCUGAGGGCGCUCGGUAUGGGCUCCCUGCUGGACUCCAUGUUCGACUUCAGCGAGAAGCUGGGCUCGUUGGGCCUGGAGCAGGACGAGAUGGCUCUUUUUAUGGCUGUUGUGUUGGUGUCUGCAGACCGCUCAGGUGUGGUGGAGGUGGGAGCCGUGGAGAACCUGCAGGAGAACCUAAUAAAAGCUCUGCGCUCGCUCAUCACCAGCCGCCGGCCGGACGACAGCACGCUCUUCCCCAAGCUGCUGCUGCGCCUGCCGGACCUGCGCACGCUGAACAACCAGCACUCCGACAAGCUGCUGGCUUUCCGCAUCGACCCCUGAGCGUGACGGGGUCCGCGCCGCUUCACGUGGACUCGCUAUCGGAGUCCUGUUGGCUCCUAACGCGAGCUUGACUUUACGUUCAGCGCACUGACCUCUCUGCCUCAUGGACAGCUCACGCUGGGGGGAAGUGUGAGAAGAAACAGCCACAAACCCACCAGAGAAUAAGGUGCAGCAGGAGGUGGAGCUCAUCCGUUUGCUUCCACCUGGACUGAAGAAAAAGUUUUUGUUUUUCUUUCGAGUCAGUGUCAAACCACCUCUUCUUCCUCCUGACGUUUGUCAAAAGUUUUUAUUCCGAAGACCAAAAAGCAGAAUCUUCGUCCCGCCUCGUUAAGCUAACAAGAAAGCACAGAUUAAACAAACAAAAAAAAAAACACGUAACCAAGAGUGAAAAUUCUUGUUACAAGAGUAAAAACACACUUUCCAUAUGUAAAAAAUUUUAUAUAAAAACAUUUUAGCAAUAGCUUUGUCUAACAUACAGUUAGAGCUGUUUGUGUUUGCCCUGUUU